AUGAAAGUUGUGUACAAAUUUAGUUAAAUACAAAAGAAUUUUUACAACKUUUUUCGGUGAAAAAUGUGACAWACGUUACGAGGCGAAUAAUUUGUUUACAUUUCGGUACAUUAGCAUAAGCACAUGGCGUUUUAACCUAACUAUCGGUGAAUUAGCACUGAAUAUUGAAACAACAUGGCAAAAUAAGCAUUCAGCAAUUCUGAGCUUCCUAUAUGGAAUGCUCUUUGMGUCAAAUGGUUUUAAAAACUCCAAAAUUUUAGAGAGAUGAGCUAUUAAAAUUUAGCGCUUUUGAGCUCUUUACAUGUAACUUAUUCGAAAUUAAGUUAUUUUGUUCAUAAAACGAUGUGGCAAUAAAACAUAACAUARCAUAACUGUGUAACUGUUCAAACUUUCCUUUCUUUUCAGUGUGGUCAUGGCGAAACGUGAGCUUUUCAUAUUCAGAAAAGAACAUGAUCUGCUUCUAUUAAGGGAGGUGUUGGUAGAAAUGCCUUAUCAGUUUAAAAGUGGUUCGAAAGARAKGGGGCUAGCCUGGGAUAAGAUUGCCAACAAUCUCAAUCAAGGGAAUAUGAARGUUASCAAACGUUCUUCCAGGGAAAGAUUCCAAAAAUUACACGCUGAUUUUAAGAAAAAAGAGUCCCAAGAAUUGAAGUCAAGUGGCGAUGAGGUAGAGUUUGAUGAAGUACAUCAAGCGUUGACUGAUAUAAAUGAUCUUAUGAGAAAUUAUGAAGAAGAGAGAGGAGAAAAAGAGGAUAGGCAAAAGCAGCAAGCAGAAGAGAUGAGGAAGAAAGCUUCUGAGAAGUUGAGCGAGACGAAAAAAAGGAAACAAAUGAGCAGUGCCAGUGCUGAAGAUGAGGAUGAUGAUCAUGAUGAAGAAAAAAUAACUCCUAAGAAAAAAAGAAACAACAUCACAGACCUCCUAGAACAGUCAAUGGAAAGAAAGGUCAAAGAGAAUGCAAAUCAGGUAUCAUUAAGGCAGAGGGAGCUGGACAUUAGGGCUGAAGAAGCAAAGCAACAGCAGCAGUUUCAAGCAAUGCUACUACAACAGCAACAACAGUUUCAGCAACAAUUACACCAUCAUCAACAACAACAGCAACAACAACAGCAGCAACAACAAUCUAUGCAUAUGGCUUUGAUCAAUACACUCUCUCAGCUACUUAAAAACAAUAAAUAAAACUUGUCAAAACUCAUAUGGCAAUUAGAUAUUUUUUAGUAUAUCUACAUCUCAUGACUUUGAUAUAUUUCAUUUAUCAUUUAAUCAUUUGUUAACAAUAAAGAAUAUUAUAACACWUUUUKAGGAAUAUGUAUUUCUCUAUUCCAAUUUACUUCUUUAGUUCAUGUACAUYAACAGUGCUUUGUAAUAGUUGCAUUGUAUA